GAAAGAAGGAAAGAAGGAAGGAAGGAAGGAGGGAGGCAGCGAAGGACAGACAAUGAAGAGGCGAAAUGCUGAUUGCAGUAAGAUCAGGAGGCCGUUAAAACGGAACCGAAUCACCGAGGGCAUUUAUGGCAGCACCUUCUUGUACCUUAAGUUCCUCGUUGUGUGGGCGCUGGUGCUGUUGGCCGAUUUUGUCCUCGAAUUUCGCUUUGAGUAUCUUUGGCCUUUCUGGCUCUUCAUCAGGAGUGUUUAUGAUUCCUUCAGAUACCAGGGUUUGGCUUUUUCAGUAUUUUUUGUUUGUGUAGCAUUCACAUCAGAUAUAAUAUGCUUACUCUUCAUCCCAGUGCAGUGGCUUUUCUUUGCUGCCAGUACAUAUGUCUGGGUUCAGUACGUCUGGCAUACAGAAAGGGGAGUGUGUUUACCCACUGUAUCACUAUGGAUAUUAUUUGUUUAUAUAGAAGCAGCAAUCAGAUUUAAAGAUUUGAAAAACUUUCAUGUAGAUCUCUGCCGCCCCUUUGCUGCACACUGUAUUGGCUAUCCGGUGGUGACACUGGGAUUUGGUUUCAAAAGCUAUGUAAGCUAUAAGAUGCGGUUAAGAAAACAGAAGGAGGUCCAGAAGGAGAACGAGUUCUAUAUGCAGCUUCUACAGCAGGCCCUGCCGCCAGAGCAACAGAUGCUACAGAGGCAAGAAAGGGAAGCUGAAGAAGCUGCUACAGCCAAAGGGAUCACAGAUCUGGAUGCUACGCUGCUCCCUCAGCACAAUGGAGGAAUAUCCGCAGGUAGAAAACUGGCCACAGCUUUACCAGAACUAGAAUACAAAGAAAAAGGGAAAGAGAAGGACAAAGAAGCCAAAAAACCCAACCUUGGGAUUAACAACAAUAUUUUACAACCAGUAGACUCAAAAAUACAAGAAAUUGAGUACAUGGAGAACCAUAUCAAUAAGAGAUUGAAUAAUGAGCUUGUAGGAAGCACAGAAAACCUCUUAAAAGAGGACUCAUUCACAGCCGCUUCCAAAAAUUACAAGAACGCUACAGGGGGCAUAAAUUCCUCGCCCAGAAGUCACUGCACUUCCAAUGGCAGUAUUCCUUCGUCCUCUUCUACUAAGAAUGAAAAGAAGCAGAAAUGCACUAGCAAGAGCAUGAGUACGCAUAAGGAAAUAAUGGAAAACUGUAUUCCUAAUAACCAGCUCAGCAAACCAGACACAUUAUUGAGACUGGAACAGGACAUUAAGAAGCUGAAAGCAGACCUGCAGGCCAGCCGACAGUGUGAGCAAGAUCUACGCAGUCAGAUCAGCUCACUGAUCAGCACAGAACGCAGUAUUCGGUCAGAAGUAGGGCAGCUGCGGCAGGAAAAUGAGUUGCUACAGAACAAAUUACACAGCGCCGUGCAAGCCAAACAGAAGGACAAGCAAACCAUUAGCCAGCUGGAGAAGAAACUCAAGGCAGAACAAGAGGCAAAAACUUUCCUUGAAAAACAGCUCCUGGAGGAGAAGAAAAGAAAGAAACUAGAGGAGGCGACGGCAGCUCGAGCUGUGGCCAUUGCCGCUGCAACAAGAGGGGAAUGCACAGAAACUCUCCGAACUCGUAUCAGAGAGCUGGAGACGGAGUGCAAGAAGCUAACGAUUGACAUGAAAGUCAAAGAGGAACAGAUCCGAGAGCUAGAGAUGAAAGUACAGGAGCUGCGGAAAUAUAAAGAGAAUGAAAAGGACACCGAGGUAUUGAUGUCAGCGCUGUCAGCUAUGCAAGAUAAAACACAGCACUUAGAGAACAGCCUGAGCGCUGAGACACGGAUCAAACUCGAUCUCUUCUCUGCACUAGGGGAUGCUAAACGGCAGCUGGAAAUUGCACAGGGGCAAAUCAUUCAGAAGGAUCAGGAGAUCAAAGAGUUGAAACAGAAGAUCGCGGAGGUGAUGGCUGUCAUGCCCAGCAUUGCAUACACAGCAGCCACCAGCACUCUCAGCCCAGUGACACCACACUAUUCCUCCAAGUUUGUGGAGACCAGCCCUUCAGGACUUGACCCUAAUGCCUCAGUUUAUCAACCCAUGAAGAAGUGACUGCCUCUCUUUCCUCUCCCCCCCACCCCUUUUCUUCCCCCUCCCUCCUCA